AUGGCAGCGCCCGUGUGUCAUGUGUCAGCUGUCAAACACAUAACACGCCGAUUUUUGUCAUGUUCGGUGGCAUUACAAAAAACUGGUCUGAAAAAAUCAAAAGGAAAUCAAUCUUCCAACAACUGGCUUCAACGGCAAUUGAACGAUCCGUACGUAAAGAGUGCACAAACUGAACAUUUCCGAUGUAGAAGCGCCUUCAAGCUACUCGAGAUCAACGAUCGCUUCAAGAUAAUACGUCCCGGUGACACAGUAAUUGACUGUGGGGCAGCGCCUGGUUCUUGGUCACAGGUUGCAGCUAGGGCAAUUAAUAAAAAGGAUGGUAAUAAAAAGGACGGCAUGAAAGGUUCUCAAACAAGACAGAAUGACAGAGAUGGCAUGGUGAUCGGCGUCGACCUUCAGGAGGUAGAACCAAUAGAAGGAGUCCUCAUGUUUUCUGGACACGAUUUCACUUUGCCAGAUACUCAACAUAAAAUCCUUAACACUCUCGACAAUAUGUAUGCCAAUGUUGUUUUAAGCGACAUGGCACCAUCGGCGUCGGGAAAUAAGGCGUUUGAUCACGAAAGAAUUUCAAAAUUAUGUCUUUCGGUGCUUAAAUUCUCUUCGCAAGUUUUGGCAAAUGACGGACACGUUGUCUGUAAACUUUGGGAUGGAUCUGAACGGAAAGAUCUUUUAAAAGUUAUGGAGAGAAUGUUUAGAACUGUGAAGGUGAUAAAACCAGACGCAAGCAGAUCCGAUUCUGCGGAAAUUUUCCUACUUGGAAUGGAAUUUUAUCUUCGGAAAUAGCGGCAGAUAUAGUAUGAGAUUUAAAACAAAUAACCACGGACCUAUAAACAGGUCCGUGAAAUAACUGAUCGCAAGAACACGAAAACACAUUUUUCUUUAGCAUAUUUUGUGUUGUAAAUAAAGUGAACCUUUAAAAGGUAGUGAUUUAUGUAAUAAAUUAUGAUAUUUAUUAGAUUGUUUUGCCAGACCUCUUAGUGUAAAUAUUCCAUCGGUCAAAAGCUAUGCAUAGCUUGUGUUACCCUACUGUAAUUUUGUGAGCAUUUUACCAACGAUACGAGCAAUGCCACCUCGGGUUACAAGGCAUAAGAAAUGGCAGCGCCCAGUGAAACGGUAUUAUAGUUUUUCUAUUUUUUCUAUUGUUUUUCUUUAUUUUAUACACAAUAAUUUGCUAUCAUCGCCAAUGUCCCAGCGCUUAUUUUCACCUGUAAUUUGACACUUUUGUCACGCCGAAGAGUUCUGUAGUUUAGCCGGAAUGCAUGUCACAAUUAAAUGUAUGUGUACGCAAAAUGUGUUACGAAAAUCUGCGAACAAAGCAGGAGCUUUCAUUUUGUCACCAAAAAAAAAAUCAUAAAAAUUGCAGUUCAUUUCCCAUGGCUGGAUUCGCGUCUUACAGAUAUAUAGCCUUAAUUAUUUUUAGAUCCAGGCAUGAACAUACUAUCAGAACCAAGAGCAACACAAUUGUUUACGUUGUGUGUGUUUCUUUUUCAGACUGAUAAACAAGCCGUUCAACCAGCUAUAAACGAACAUAGAUCCUGUAUAAGAAUGAUAAAGCGGUUGUACAAUACCUAGUCUAACAGUGUUUUAUUCCAUUUAAAUUAAAUUGAUUUCAAAAACUGUGCUAUUGAAAAAUCUGAGCACCAUGGUGAUAAACAUGUUAAUUUAAAACAAAUACUAAGGCGAUUGAAAAUCAAUGACCAUUAGAACUCUCAUUAGUUAUUUAAUAUUCAUCAAAUAGUUUUCUACAAAGAUUUUAUAAUGUUUGAGAGUGCUAUAUAUGAUUGUAGUUCAAUUCAUAACAAGAUAAGACAGGGUAUGAAAUGAUGGAUUUGGCUCUCUUCAUGUUGCUUAUGCACAAGGUGUUGUCAUUUAACAUUGGUUUAUAUACGCAUUUUCAAUCGCUAUUGUAUUUAUAAUAUGCCCAUUUAUUUAUAUACAUGCAAACAUUUACAUGUUUAUUUCGUGACGGUACGAUUUAGCUGUCAUUGUAUAUUUUAACUGUAAUAUGCAAUUGUAAUUCACAGGGAUCAGGCACUUGGUUCAUCUUCGCGGAAAUGCCAGUUGACACGCCGGAAGAAGCACGCCAAUGUGUCAGAUGGUCGGCCGUGUCAGAUAACAUCGCAACGUUGACUGACACUCUGGGCGUGAGAAGGGAAAACGCCCGUGGAAAUAACUCCAAGAUGCUAACUGCAAAACAUAUUAACUUAGAAUGAAUAAUGAUACAGUAUCAGUGUGUGUAUACCACGUUUAUUUGUAAACAUUGCCUCCUAAGCCACAAUCUGUUCAAUAACUUUUUUAUAUUUAAUGUUAUGAAACCUAACUAAGAUGUCGAUCGAAGAAUAUGUUUUUCGCCACAUACUGGACGCAUACAUUUUUCAAAAUUUAAAGAAAAAGUCCACUUACCAGGCAAAAGUGGGAACAUGAAUCGGUAUUUUUCAUUCUAAAUCCGCCAUUUUGUUUGCCAUGAAACAUUUUUCUCACUUAAUGUUUGCAUGAAACGCAACUAAGUCCUUCCACUUGUUUUCCUUGCUCGCCUGCUGCGCUUCCCCACGGCAAGAGGAGGCCGCCUCAUUCUGAAAAAAGAAAACAUUUUUUUGAUUAAACCCUUGACAGGUCAAUGGUUUAAUCAAAAAAAUGUUUUCUUUUAAUAAAGAGGGUCAAUGGUUUAAUCAAAAAAAUGUGGAAGGACUUAAUUAAAACCAUUAAAACAAUUGAAUGUAACUUAAACAUACUUUUAUUGAAGUAAACGUUGCCAUUUUGUCUUUUUUCACUAUCAAACUUGAUUAAAUGCAUAUUGACACACAUAUGUUAAAGUGGAUACUUCAGGGAUAAACCAUGAUGUUGAACAACUGAAGCAAAACCAUGU